UAUACAAGACAUCGUUGCCGCCUGCCGCCGGCUGGGGGCGCUGGACUCGCCGGCUGCGCACCAAAGCUGCGCAGUUACCAAUUUGUAUCGCGGCGGGUUGCCGGCGUCGCUGCGCACCAAGAUGCGCACAACGCAUUUUUUCUAAGACGGCUUGCCGGCGUCGCUGCGCGAAAAGCUGCGCACUUCUCUUUCUGACCACGGCGGUGACGCAGCAAUUUGUUAUAGUUUAUUUUAUAAUUUAUAAUUAAUACACAAUAUUUUUAUUUGCUCUACACUUAUUUCGAGUUUUAUUCGACGCUAUCGAAGAAUACAUUAACAUUUUGGUCCUUCGCAAGAACAACUGCAACACAGCGAGAAGAUUUUUGUGUGUUAAGAAACAUCCACGCAUGCGAGACGUCGGUGGAUUCCCGCGUCGCAAUCUGCAGCGUGAGAAAAUAGCAGUGUCAUCGUCGCCUACGGUUGAAGAUUUGAAGUCGCAUUCAGGACUUUGCGGAUAACGGAUUCGGAUAUUAGUGAGCUCGUUCCAAUUAUUCCUUGAUAACCGUUGUUCCAGUCCUCCUUUCUAUACACGUUAUAAGUAUAACGCUGUUUUUCCUUUUAAUAGUUCCUAUUCAUUGCCCUAUUGAUUAGGUUAACUAGCUAUUUUCACUCGUAUUCGCUUGAAAUACAGUGUUUGUUAUGUUGCAUGAGCACAAAGCGUGAUUAUUUGCGUCGAGUUAUUUACAAGUAACGAAUUUAAGUGCAUGUUUAUUCCUGCUUCUAUUGCUUAGUGCAUUGCGUUAUAAUACAGUGACAUAUUGUAUUAAUCGUUAUUUAUUUUCUGAUAGCUAAAUUUUCUACUAAGUGAUUUCUUUUAACACCAUAAUGGCCGACAAGUUAGUAAAAAGACGCAGUUCAAUGAAGGCCAAGCUAACGACCUUUAGUGCUUAUUUGAAUGUGCUUAAGAGCUGUGACAAUCUUUCAAACUUGCAAAUAAUCGAAUUGGAAACCCGCUUCGACAAAUUUAACGCCUUAUACACCGAAUUUGAUGAAUUACAGACGGAGAUUGAAGUUUCUUCGGACAAACCGGACGAGGCAUACGCGACGAGAGACCAGUUUGAGCAGCAGUACUACUCGCUGGUAGCCUUGGCGCGGAGUUUGCUGCCCGGGUCGGAUGGCAAAUCUCAGCAUCGCGAUUCCACAGGUUCCGAGGCAACAGUGUUAGGUCACUGAUGCCAGCAUCAGUCGUCUGGAACGCUAUCAACGUGUGGAAUGUAUCAAACAACACUUUUGGAAGAGAUUUAAUAUUGAAUACAUCUCCAGCUUACAGCAGAAAACAAAAUGGCCUGCUUCCACGAAUGGCGAUAUAGCGUUGGGAUCGCUUGUCCUGAUUAAGGAUAAGGCGCUGCCGCCGCUCUGUUGGUCGCUGGGGCGCGUCGCGAAGGUGUACCCUGGCAGCGACGGCGUCACGAGAGUCGCGGAGCUGAAGACGAAGAGAGGGACGAUUCGGCGCGGCUUCAACAACAUCUACCCACUUCCUCUUUGAAGUACCCUUCAACCCGGGGAGCAUGUCUAUACAAGACAUCGUUGCCGCCUGCCGCCGGCUGGGGGCGCUGGACUCGCCGGCUGCGCACCAAAGCUGCGCAGUUACCAAUUUGUAUCGCGGCGGGUUGCCGGCGUCGCUGCGCACCAAGAUGCGCACAACGCAUUUUUUCUAAGACGGCUUGCCGGCGUCGCUGCGCGAAAAGCUGCGCACUUCUCUUUCUGACCACGGCGGUGACGCAGCAAUUUGUUAUAGUUUAUUUUAUAAUUUAUAAUUAAUAGUAAGUUUUUUUUUAAACGUUACUUCACACGAGGUUUUUCAGCUGUAGCCUGGGUGCGUUUAUAACAAUACAAUUUCACUUGCAAAAUACAAUGUGGCAAAGAGUUUCUAUGUACGGGAAUCGAACUGCUUACACAUUGCAUGGCAGCCAGUUGUCCAGCCACCGCGACAACCGUGUAGUCGGUUUUUGUAAAAUAAACAUAUACCAAUUACACAUACUCGUAUAUCGUGCAUUUACUAUAAAAAAAAGCCCAAGAAAAAUUGCCAUAUUUGAACCCUUCGACAAAUAUCUUCGCAUAGAACAAAUAUUUGUUUGGCCGAUGGACAUGAUAGACGCUUGUUUAGAUAUUUGUGGAUGAAACUCAUAUUCGUAAGAGCCGUCUGAGUACCCAUGUCCUACUUAUUCUAGCGUGAAGAACAUAUUUAAAAAGUAAAAACGCGUAAACUACAAACGAUUCACUCAUACGGAAUAUCUAUCCCUUUAAUGCUCUUGAAUUUUAUUUCAGCUCACAUUAUAUAAUCUUAUAAGUUGUGAGAACUCUUGAUACAUAUUAUAUUAUAUAUCAAUACUUUUGAAACUGUUUAGUUUAGAUCUGACUAUUCUAUUCAGACUAUUCGACUGUUAUAGUAGGCAUUAUAAUUAUUUUAAUAUACAUAUUCGUUGCAUGAUCAUUGUUGAUUCUUAUAUCAACUAGUCUUUUUCUCAUUAGU